CCCCUCUCAUUUCCUCUAUCAGCUUCCAUUCAUGGCGUUCUCUUUAUCCUCUUCGAAUUUUCUCUCUCACAGGCACAAGCUCCCUCUAAACUCCUUCUCCUUCACUUUACCGACUUCAAAGCUUAGUUUCCUCUCCACACACUUGGCAUUCGGGCUCGGUCGAACCCGGUCUACCGGCAUUGCGAGAUCAGUCCACCUUAAGCUUUCCUGCAAGCAUUGCAGAAAUGACGCAAAGGAUCUGGAUCAACCCCAUGAUUUUUCUGCUAAACUCUCGUUGCCAAAAUUUGGAGAAAAAAGAAAGGAAGUAGAAAGGUUUAUUGCUAUUAUCCUUGUUUUGGUUCAAAUUUCAUCUCCCCUAACAUUUGUUGGUUGGAACUUUUUGCCUAUUUCUCCUGCCAAGGCUGUGCUUUACUCUCCUGACACUAAGGUCCCAAGAACUGGGGAACUUGCUUUAAGGCGGGCUAUCCCGGCUAAUACAAACAUGAAGGCUAUACAGGCUUCCUUGGAAGAUAUCUCAUACCUGUUGAGGAUUCCGCAGAGAAAGCCUUACGGUACCAUGGAGAGUAAUGUAAAGAAAGCUCUAAAGAUCGCAACAGAUGAAAAGAAUUCCAUCUUGUCAAGUAUACCAGCAGCUUUGAGGGAUAAGGGCACCACACUAUAUGGAUCUCUUAUUGACGGGAAGGGUGGACUGCAAGGACUUCUAAAAUGUAUUAAGGAUCAGGACCCUGAUAAAGUAUCCGUUGGCCUUGCUUCUUCAUUAGAUACUGUUGCAGAACUGGAGUUGUUACAGGCUCCAGGAUUGUCAUUUUUGUUACCUGAGCAAUACUUGACAUAUCCAAGACUAACAGGGAGAGGAAUUGUCGAAUUUACUGUCGAGAAAGGAGAUGGUUCAGCAUUUUCUCCAGAAGCAGGAGGUGAACCAAGAAAGACAGCCACAAUUCAGGUUGUUUUAGAUGGAUAUUCGGCACCAUUAACAACAGGAAAUUUUGCAAAACUGGUAAUUGAUGGUGCAUAUGAUGGAGCCAAGCUCAGCUGUACCGAUCAAGCCAUUCUCACAGACAAUGGGCUUGACAAGGGCGGUUAUAGUGUUCCCUUAGAGAUAAUGCUGUCGGGGCAAUUUGAACCUUUGUACAAGACAACAUUAAGUGUUCAGGAUGGGGAGCUGCCAGUUCUUCCACUAUCUGUUUAUGGAGCUGUUGCUAUGGCACAUAAUGUAGAAUCCGAGGAGUACUCAUCCCCGUACCAAUUUUUCUUCUAUUUAUACGACAAAAGAAAUGCUGGCUUAGGAGGGUUAUCUUUUGAUGAAGGGCAAUUUUCAGUUUUCGGAUACACAACUGCUGGAAGAGAAAUUCUGGCACAGAUGAAAACAGGAGAUGUAAUUAGAUCAGCAAAGCUAGUGGAAGGUCGCGAUCGCCUUGUAUUGCCAAAUGAGAGCUGAUCUUCUCUAUUUUCUUGCCAAAUAAGUGCAGGGUCGGAUUUGUUUUGAGCUUAUAUUCAGUUGCCGAACUCGCCUCAACUGGUUGAAGUUAUGUCCAUGGUCUACCGAAAAUUAUUUAAGAGCAAGGAUUUGUCUAAUAAGGUAAUGUAAACUUUCCUUUUUUUUUUCUCUCUAUUUUUGUUGGGGUUGAUUGCAACAAAGACUUAACAGGAUAUAAUUCUGUAAUUCUUUGAUAUAUUUUCAGACUACUAAGAUCAUAAACUUCUUAACUUGAUGUCGUGAUAUAUAUACACCCACAUGCAU